AUUACCUGUGAAUAUUCUACUACGUAGCGAAAAUCUUUGCUAAGUUUCGAUUAUAUCCUUCCAUCUAGCUCCAUUAUAGUAGCAUAGAAGUAGCGAAUUCCAGAUUAAAAGCUCUACGCGUAGUGAUGGUCGGAUCGCGUGUGUAUGUCGGCGGUUUGCCGUAUGGCGUCCGGGAACGCGACUUGGAACGUUUUUUUAAAGGUUAUGGUAGAACCAGGGAUAUCCUUAUUAAGAAUGGAUAUGGCUUUGUGGAAUUUGAAGAUUAUCGUGAUGCAGACGAUGCUGUUUAUGAAUUAAAUGGGAAAGAGCUGCUGGGCGAAAGAGUUGUUGUUGAGCCAGCUCGCGGGACCGCCCGUGGACCAAGUGGAUAUCGUGAAAGAGAUCGGUAUGAUAGAGACCGCCGCGGUGGAAGGUAUGACAAAUAUAAAAGCAAUUCCAGGAACAGUUCCCGAUAUGGACCGCCGCUGCGUACGGAGUACCGUCUGGUUGUGGAGAAUCUAUCAACCCGUGUCAGUUGGCAGGAUUUGAAAGAUUAUAUGCGACAGGCUGGAGAGGUUACCUAUGCUGACGCUCACAAGCAACGUAAAAACGAGGGUGUGGUAGAAUUCGCUACCCUCUCGGAUAUGAAGACGGCGAUUGAAAAGUUGGAUGAUACUGAGCUAAAUGGACGCCGAAUUCGCCUUGUGGAAGAUCGUGGACGCAAUGGACGAAAUGGACGUGGUCGCUCCAGAUCGUCGAGCAGUCGGUCUAGAUCACGAUCGCGCCGUCGAUCCCGUUCUCGCUCCCGCUCGCGUCGGUCCUCGCGCAGUCGCUCGAAAUCUCGCAGCCGCUCAAAGUCGAAGAAUGGAUCGAAAUCGCCUGAAAAAUCCCGUUCACGUUCUCGAUCGAACAAAUCUCGCGAUAACAGCAAAUCAAAAUCACGUUCGCGUUCGCCAAAACGUGAUCGUGAUGAGUCUCGCUCUCGAUCGCGUUCCCGUUCUAAGUCCCAUUCUCGAUCGCGCUCAAAAUCCAAAGACAACAAAUCCCGUUCGCGUUCCCGUUCUCGCUCGCGCUCUCCACGUUCCCAUUCCCGAUCUCUGGACCGUUCGCAAUCGCAGGAUAAGUCGCAUGAUAAGUCCAGAUCGGCUUCGCCUAAAAAUAACGAUCACUCUCCGGAGCGUAAUGAAAGUAUGGAGGAUUGAACACGAUAGAUUUGUGUUCAAUUAAAUCAGGCGUAGGAUGAACCAGAACUACGUUUGCUGGAGCUGCAUCUAUAUAUGCGUUUUAAAUAUUACUAUAUGCAUUCACUUACUUUAAAACUCGUACACACUUUUGAGAAUUGUCGACACAAUUACGUAAAUUUUGUAUUUUUUUUUCGAGCGAAGCGAGCAUAGUAGUAAAGAUAGGGAAAUGAUAGUUUAAAAAGACCGCGACAACUAUCUGGAGAGGGAGUACACUGAUGGCAGCGUUGAAGACAAAAAAACUUUAAAUUUUGACUUGCUUCGAAACAAAUACUUCUACGUUUAGUGUUAGCCAUAUAAUCUGUAUUCACGAAACAUUUCGAUGAUCUUCGAGUAGCUGCAUCUGAAGGGACGCAAAGAUGUGAAUGCACAUUUUUGAAAGGAUGAUUUUAGUAUAUUCAGAUUAUAAUUUAAUAGAUUUUCUCCAACGAUGGUGAUCGUCAAUAAUACUAGUUAUGUGCGUUAAAUUAGACAACUAUAGAUGUGCUCUUUUUUCUGCACGGACGGAAAGCAGACGUACGCAUGGGGAUGGGGGAAACUGUAGAUUUAGGUUUCAUUUGUUGGGGAGAAACACAACGAUACGUGUGGAAGAGCUAGUUGGUUUUUCUGCAACGAGCACCGGUACCCCGAAGAUUAAUUAUUCAGAUUGGUCACCAGCCCCUGGGCGAGG